ACACUGAGCUGCAUAUUCCAGAGCUUCUGCUCCUGCUCCAACAGCCCUCUCCUAACGGAAAGAUGAAAGUCCCUGCAGCUGGAUUGGCUCUUCUUCUCAUUUCAGCCUCCUUCUCCCAAACUUUCUCCGGCCCAGCUGGACUCUACAUCCCAAUCUGCUGUUUCACAUACAGACAACACAAACUCCCAUGGAAGCUCAUCCAACGUCAUUACAUCACCAGCAGCAGUUGUCCCCACCUGGCCAUUGUGUUUGUCACAAAGGAAGGCCGCCAGGUCUGUGCUAAUCCCAAAAACACCUGGGUCCAAAGCUACCUGCAAAUCUUGGAGCAGAACUGAGCCAAGCAGUGUGGCAAGAGCAGCUGCUGUCAUGGAAAAGUCACAUUAUCCUGAGCUCCAGCCAUGGAGCAGGGCCCUGGGCCAACAGGAGCCACAGGACCAUGCAGGUGUCCCCAGGGGACUGGUGGAAGACCACCUCGUGUUCAGGUCUGCUGCUCAUCCUUGGCUUGCAUGGACCAGGCUUCAGCCUCAUCCCUCAGGCCCAUGGGACUACACCUUGGCUGUUGUAUUAUUUGAAGUUAUUUAAGAAAUCAUUAUAUGAGGUAGUCAGUCCUUUUUUUCUGUGGAUAAUGAUACUAUUUAUCGGGUGGUGACAGGGAGGGUAUUUAUAGGAGAGUGACCGA